UCUUUCGCGGACAGAGCAACGCCAAAACACGCUUGUGCUGCUGUUCACGAUCCCGCACGGCUUCAUUUCACGAGACUUGCAGGACUCACGUACCCACAUCCAAACAGCCCCGACGAGCUGCGCGUUCACAUUACAAACAGUCAUGUGCGGACUUGAACGUGAUGGCAGGAAAUCAUUCACCGUCCUCCUUUUCGUGACUAACAGGGAAGUGAGUCUAACCUACUUUCUGCGUUGCUGAAAAGUUGCGUGCGUCCCGCGGGAUCAGCUCUGCGCUCAGAGUGCGUGUUUUGAAUUUUGUAUCUUUUUUUUUUUUUUUUUUACACUUUUAUUUUCUCUCCUUUGGUUUGCUUUGACCGUAAAUGCCCAGCUUUCCGUCAGCGUCAGCCUUCAACUUGGUGAUGGAGGCAGGAAACGUUCAGUAGGCUGUUUGUGCCAGGCGGAGAAGAAGUUGUGAGACAGAAAGAGGGAGGAAGAGACGACGACCACAGCGUGUUUGUCAAUGUUUUGAAAUCUCUGUUUAACUGAAGCCCGGCUUGAUCAUGGCUCAGUGGAUACACAUGUACCAGAUGUUGCAGUGCUUGCCUGAUGAGACAGUCAACAACCUUUACCCUCCGGCCACCUUCCCCAUUGAAGUCCGACAUUAUAUGUCUGAUUGGAUUGAGAACCAAAGAUGGGAGGACUUUUCACUGGAAAAGAUGGAGCAAGAGAGCCCGGCUCAGAUUCUGUUGGACCAAACCAUCAACAUGCUGCAAACAAUUGCUCAGCAGAAAAACGAUGUCGUGGAAAAGAUGAAGCUGAUGCAGAUCAGCAGGAACAUGGGUAUGUUUCAGUCACAGCCUCUACAGUUCGCAGUAAUGGUCCGGGACAUCCUCAGGAAGGAGAGGGUUCUGAUCAGCUCGAACAACUCUGCACAGUACCAACCGUAUUCAAACAGAGACAACAUGCAGGAUGUGGAGCAUCUGGGUCUGAAGGUGCUGGAGGUCCAGGAGAUCCGGAAAAAAAUGCACCAGCUGCAAGAAGAGCUAAACUGGGAGAGGCAAAACUAUGAAAGUUUGCAAGGGCCAUUCCAACCGAAUGGACUGGAUUCAGCACGAACAGAAAUCCAGAAACUCCAGAACCACAUCCAGCAGCUGGAAUUCAAUGUGAAAGCGAUGGCCACGAAGCGUUUCCAGCUACUAAAGGAGUGUGUGGACUGUCUGGACCACUGUCAGAGUCGACUCAUCACCAGGCUGAAGGAUUGGAGGUGGGAGCAGCACAAGGCAGCCAUUGGACAUCCCUUCGACGACAACCUCAACCCUCUGCAGAACUGGUGUGAGCAGCUGCUUGGGAUGAAUGGGAACCUGAGACAAGAGCUGAUGUUGAUUGGGGAACGGAUCUCAGACCUCCAGGAAAGACUGGGGCAGCUUCUGCAGGUUCUGAUUCAGAGCUCUCUUGUUGUGGACAAGCAGCCCCCUCAGGUCAUUAAGACUCAGUCAAAGUUCUCCACGACUGUGCGAUAUCUGCUGGGGGAGAAAGUAGCUCCCGGGAAGCCUGUGGUGCUGAAGGCGCAAAUCAUUAAUGAACUGCAGGCCAGGAGCCUGGGCAGCGUACCAGGCGAUAACGUUGGGGAACUGAUCAACAACUCGGCCAUCCUUGAACACAACACAGCCAGCAAGAGCACAUGUGCCACCUUCAGAAACAUGUCCAUCAAGAAAAUCAAGAGAGCAGACAGAAAAGGAUCAGAGUCUGUGACAGAGGAGAAAUUUGCGCUUUUGUUCUCCACAGAGAUCACCAUCACAGGGUGUGACACUCCUUACAGGAUACAGAUGAUCUCUCAGCCGGUGGUCGUCAUCGUUCACGGCAGCCAAGACAACAAUGCUGUGGCCACCAUCAUAUGGGACUGUGCAUUUUCAGAACGAGACAGAGUCCCCUUUGUGGUGCCGGAGCGCGUGCCCUGGAGGAUGAUGUACAGCACCCUCAACAGUAAAUUUACCUCUGAGGUCCAGACGCAGCAUAAUCUGGACAACUACAAUCAGCACUUCUUGGCCCAGAAGAUAUUUGACAAGCCCGACUUUGCUGAAGACUUCAGCAACACGAUGGUUUCCUGGGCCCAGUUUAACAAGGAGAUGCUCCCAGGGCGACCGUUCACUUUCUGGCAGUGGUUUGAGGGAGUAAUGGAACUAACCAAGAAACACCUAAAGGUCUACUGGAGCGAAGGGCUGAUAUUUGGUUUCAUUGGGAAGCAACAUCUACACCUGAUUCUCAAAGACAGGCCCAAUGGGACGUUCCUGCUCCGCUUUAGUGACUCUGAGAUCGGAGGCAUCACCAUCGCUUAUGUGUCGGCUACUGAAAAUGGGGGACAGAAAAUCCAGAACAUCCAGCCUUUCACCAAGAGGGAUCUCGAGAUCCGUAGCCUUGGUGACCGCAUCCGGGACAUCAACCACAUCACAUUCCUGUAUCCUGACUUUCACAAACAUGAAGUUUUCAAAAAAUUCUACUCAGAGCCUGCAGCGCCCAGCAUCGGGGGUUACAUCCCUGUGUCUCUCCAUACUAAAGUCGGCACGGACACCACACUUAUGGAUCCCAAUAUGGCUCCUCUCCCUGAAAACUCUCUCAAUGUUUUCCCUGUGGAUGCGUCGUCCCUGGGUCCUAGUUUGGCACCUCUCCCAGAUAACCAGGCCGGUGCCUUCAUAGUGGAUACCACGCCCUCGCCUCCCAAUAUGGCAACUCUACCUGAAAACUCCCAUGUGGGCUUCAAUGUGCAUCCAUUCUCAUCACCGUUCGACUCACCGGACAUCCCUCAAGAAAUAAUGGAAUCUACCAGUAGCCCUCACCACAUUUCUCAAGGCAACGAUUUGGUCAGCAUGGAUUUGGACAGCAUUAUCGAGACUCUGAGCUCUUAGACAGAGUUCCCAUCAGCUGUUUUUGGAGUGCACAGCAGACGUCAAAUAGGGACUGAAGCCAAACUCAUCUGCCUUACCUUCAUGUGACAGAAGUGCCCUUGUCUGAGCAGAGGUUCUUCUUUCAGUAUCUACAGUUUCAUCUACUUUUGAGUGAAAAACUUAUGGGAGACAAAUAUGAUUUCUAUGGGACUCAACAUGCUGAGGUGGUGCUACGAGAAAGCAGGAGAUCAUUUUGAGGAUGAAGCAGAACUGAGAACAAACAAUAAGGAAAACGCGGUCACAACAUCAGCGCCUUGUUGUGCACGUCUCCAAGAACCUUUUGUUUCUCUCACCUGGUGGUAAGAUUUGUCAGUGUUGAUUUGUUUUACUUACUCUACUUUUGUUUAGGAGAAUAAGCAAACUACUGUACAGAUUACAGUGCUUUUCCAACAACAAAGCAUGAAAUAUGUUGCAUGUUGUCCUCUGUGCUUGUUCUGUAUUUUUUAGUGAUGAUGAAUCAAGCAUAUUUCAAUAGUAUUUCCAUAAUGUAUAUAACUUCAGUCAUAGUAUAUUGUACACUCAGUGAUACUCAUUAUGCAUGGUAAAUACUCAGCUGUGGGUCAAGCAGAGUUUGUGGACAUAACUUGCUUUCCGCUACAAUGAAAAUUAGGAACACAAAGGAAACAUUAAGCUUUUCCAUCACUGUUAACUGUGAAAUUAUACCACACUGAUGGACACUUGCAAUGCUCUUCCACUUCUAGAAGGCAGACGUGGUGAUGGUGGAGGGUAAAGCUUAUAUCGCUAUUACCGAAAGACUCAGUUGUGUUAACUUUUAUAUCAAUAUACUUACAGCAAGGUUAAUCUUUGUCGGUAUUGUUUUCUCCCCCUCCCUCAACUCCCUAAUUGUUAAAAUGGUGAACCCUAAUACAAACAAGCAAAAAACAACAUGAGACUGAUAAAACUGUGAUUUGAAAAAAAAUAAAAUAAAAGGAUAUUUUUACGUCUGCCAUCCCUUGAUGCUGGAACAUAAAUUCUAAACUUAGAUCUUAUUUUUAAUUAUUGUCAUGUUGAUUUAAAGGUGGAGUCUGGAGAAAGAUGGUUUGUUUCUGUGUACGAACUGUGAGGAAUUAUUAACCGCAUUUGACAUGAAGUUUAUUGAUUGAGAAUCGCAUACUCCACCUUUAAGUAUCACAUCAUAUGUAUAUUUGCAAUUUUGUAUGUUUUUUGGGUAUGGUUUUAAAUAUUGAAAUAGCAGCUAGGGAUAUAGCAAAAGAUGAAAAGUAAAGUACCUCUGCAGUUUAAAGGAAACAUCACAGUAAAGCUAUAUUCUAAAAUGGGGUUAGGGUGUCUUUGCUCUGUGGAAGUCUUAUUCUGAAUGAUGUCCAUCAAAUCAGUUUUGCACGACCUACUGUCACUGUCAGCGUCAUGCAUGUAAUAAUGAAACAGUGCGUUGGAUGUUGCAUGUUGCAUAUACGCUUCCUCGACCUUUUAGAACUCUUACACCGACUUUUGGAUAAAUGAACCUGAUGCUACUACUACAAUCCAUCUUUCACUGUGGUCACAAAUAAAACUGCAGUUUUUCUCGAAAUAUCCAAAA